AUGAAGAGAAAAACUACAUUCGUACCUGGAGAUUUCUUAACCCGCGCUGAAAAAAUUGAAUAAAUAACAAUUCCAUUAUCAACAGAUAAUAAAAUAAUAGUAACCCCAAAUAACGAAGGUUUAGGCUUUAGAAAAAACUGUUAUAAUCAAGAAUAAUUAGCAAAUAAAGUAGAAAAAAAAAAAUUUGACUUAACAAUAAUAUAAGCAAAUAAAAUAUGCGAAACAGUAUGGAAAAAUAAAAAAAUGGAAGAAGAAGCAGAAUAUUCCAAAUCAUUAAAAACAGUAUUAUAUGUAGCAAUAUUUUUUUCAAUCCUUUCUUUUGUUUUAUUAAUUAUUCUUGUAUAUGGAGAUGGAACAGAUUCCUUAUUAUGGGCUAGUAUUAGCUUAAUAUGUAUUGCAGGUACUCUUAUUUUAAUUGUAGUUAUUAAAAGUUUGUUUACAGAACCGAAGUUUAUUGAUUUAGAAAAAACAAUAAUGGAUUAGUUAAAUAUAUUUUUUGAUAAAGAAAAUAAUAAUUUUUAUUCAAAAAAUGGACUUUUAUGGGAAGUAUAAGAAAAAUUUUAUUGGCUAACAUUACAUAUAAAAUGA